AUGCGCUUUCUUGCCCCGACAGCUGCGCUUCUCUUUGCGCUCGGCGCAUCAGCUACUCAAGCCGACAAGCCAACCACGACGUCACACGCCCCCGAAUGCACUGCAACGUCAUCCACCAUUACCGAUGCGUUCUUUGACCUACGUCCCGACACCGCGCGCAAGUCCACCACAUCCAAACCCAACAAGUACGGCGUGACCAAAGACUACCACGCCAGAGGCUUCGACUACGGCAAGAACUUUACCCUCAAUAUCUGCGGCGCCGUAGUCGACCCGGUGCAGGGUGUCGUCGGCAUCAACAAGACGACGUGGCAAAACGUCAGCGCAUACUACGAGUCAAAAGGCGAGAUCUUUUCCAUCGGUUCACAAUCCGUCAACCUGACGAGCCGAGGCAAGAAACUCGUCUUGCAAUACCGCGACGGCUCGCCCUGCGGACCUGGGUCGGCAACGAAGCGCAGCACCAGCCCCGGCCGCGCGUCUCCCUAUGGCGACACCUCCAAGCCCAUAAAGAAGCCCGACUCGCCCAAGAAGAUCUCCGACGAUGACGAACAGUCCAUCCGCCGCAAGUCGACAACCAUCUCGUUCAUUUGCGACCGCGACCCGGUCAGCUCGCAAGCCACGAUAUCCUUUGUCGGCACCGAUCCUGAUGAGUGCGCCUACUUCUUCGAGGCCCGAUCCGUACAUGCUUGUUCGCAGGUUGAGCCUCACAAACCCGGCAGUGUCGGGCCCGGCAGCAUCUUUGGGCUUAUCUUCUUCAUCGCUUUGCUAGUCUACGUGAUUGGCGGUGUUUGUUACAACAGAACUGUCGCCCAUGCCCGUGGCUGGCGCCAGCUCCCUAAUUUCAGCCUCUGGGCUGGCAUCUGGAGCUUCUUUAGCGAUAUGUUUGUCAUCUUGCUCGCUUCGUGCACGCGCCUGUUCCCAGGCAGCCGCGGUGCCUAUAGCAACCUUAACUCCAAUUACAGCAGUCGAAACCGCAACUCGGAUGCCGAGAACCGCCUUAUUGACCAGCUCGACGAAGAGUGGGACGAUUAA